AUGUCACUUAAUGAGACAAUUGUCAUUGAUAGUAGUGAUAAUGAAUACUAUGUUGAUAAAAUUUCAAGUCGGCAAACAGUGAUGGAACAAUGGAAUAAUUAUAUGGAUGAAAAAAUAGAAAAAUUAAAUAAACAAAAUCAAAUAUUAAAAUAUGGAAAAACAGUGGAAUCAGAUUUAUUUAAAGGAUUAGCAAUUAGUAUUAAUGGAAGAACUAUACCAUCAUUUAUUGAAUUAAAAGAAAUGUUUAUUAGAAAUGGUGGUGAAUUUCAUAAUUAUUAUCUUAAUGGUAAGACAACUUGUAUUGUUGCAACAAGUAUAACAGCAAAUAAAUUAAAAAAUUUAAGUGGUGAAGAGUAUUAUGUUCAUCCUAAUUGGGUUGUAGAUUCAAUAAAUCAAAAAAAACUUAAAGAUUUUAAAGAAUAUUUAAUAAUAAAAAAUCAAAGAAGUAAUUUUCAUGAUGCUAGAAAUCCAAAUUUUAUUGAAAAUUAUUAUGGUAAAAGUAGAUUACAUUUAAUUAGUACAAUUUCACAGGAAGCUAUUCAAUGGGUAAAAAUGCAACAAACUAAUGAAUAUAAACAUACUUUUUGCCAUCGCCACUUACUAGAAAAAAUUUCAAAUGAUGAUAUUUAUGUUAAGGGAAGAAAAGUUAUUUGUCAUAUUGAUAUGGAUUGUUUUUUUGUAUCAGUUGGUCUUAUAAAUCGUCCUGAACUUAUAGGUAAACCAGUUGUUGUUACUCAUAGUAGAUCAGAUAAUAGUAAAAAUUCUGGAUUUGCUGAAAUUGCUUCAUGUUCUUAUGAAGCAAGAAAAUAUGGUUUGUCUAAUGGUAUGAUAUUAAAAGAUGCUAUUAAAGUAUGCUCAAAUUUGGUAAAAAUACCAUAUGAAUUUAAGGAAUAUAGAAAAGUUUCAAGAAUAUUUUAUGAAACUAUUGCAGGAUUUACUUUAAACAUAAAAUCAAUAAGUUGUGAUGAAAUGUAUGUAGAUUUUAGUGAUUUAUGUGAAACAUUAAAAAUUCUUGAUAUUGAUGAAUUGAUAAGAAUUGUAAGAAAUACUGUUUAUGAACAGACAAAAGUUAGAUGUUCUAUUGGUUGUGGAGGAAAUAUGCUUUUAGCUAGAUUAGCUACCAAACGUGCUAAACCAAAUAAUCAAUUUGUUGUUGAAAAUGUUAAAGAAUUUAUGUCACAAAUAAAGGUUAUUGAUUUACCUGGAGUUGGAAUAAAAGUUGCACAACGUCUUACUAAAUCACUGGGACAAAUUACUACAUGUGGAUCAUUAUUAAAAGAAAAAAAAGAUUCUAUUAUUAAAGCUAUUGGUAAGGCAAAUGGAGAAAAAUUAUAUAAUCAUGUUCGAGGUAUUGAUGAUAGAAAUGUACUUGAUAUAUCUGAACGAAAAAGUGUUUCAUGUGAUAUAAAUUAUGGUAUUCGUUUUACAACAAGAGAUGACGUUAAUAUUUUUUUUAAACAACUUGCAAAUGAAUUAGAAAAAAAAUUAUUAUUAAUAAAUAAAAGUAGUAAACAUAUUACAUUAAAAUUAAUGAUUCGUGAUGCUAGUGCUCCUAUAGAACCAUCAAAAUAUUUAGGACAUGGUUUAUGUAAUACUAUUUCAAAAAGUACCUUUUCCAGUCAACCAAUUAUGACAUCUAAUGCUAUUUUUGAUAAUUUGAUUAAAUGUUAUAAUUGUAUAGAACCUAUUAUCAAAGAUAUUAGAGGAAUUGGUGCUCAUUUAUCAAAUUUAUCAGAAAAUGAUAAUAUUAUUAACCAUUCAAUUAAAAACUUUUUUCCUUCAACAAUUACAAAAAGUAAUUCAAAAAAUAGUAAUAAUUAUAAAAAAUUAGUAGAAGAAAUAAUUCUAGAUGAUUCAAAUAUUUUAUUAGAUGAUUUUGAUUCUGAAAUUUCAGAUUUUACAGAUGAAGAUGUUGAAGAACUAGAAAAACCUUUGCCUCCAAUGUUAUUAAAAAAAUAUGAAGAAUAUAUUUUUGGUUGUAAUUUUAUUAAUAGUUCAGUUACUAUAAAUCAUAAAAAAAUAUUAAGAAGAGUAUUUAUUACAUAUAUAAAAAAUGGUUAUAUAAAUAAAGUAAAAGAAAAUUAUAUAAAAUUUAAAAAUAAUAUAAAAGAAAAUAAAGAAUGGAUACCGGUAAUUAAUUCUUUAAAAAAAAUGUGUAAUUAUGUUUCUGGACAAAUUUAUGGUGGUUAUAUAAUAGAUUAA